ACACACACACACACACACUCACAUUCAUCUUCAUCGCUCCUGCUGCUGUUGAAACAUUAUGCGCGCGGUCGUUGUUAUUGUUUUGUUUUAUAUCAAUUUACCGGACAGUCGCGUGCAGCACGGAGUAACGGUCAUCGCAGGAGCUCAGCGCUGGUCGUGAACCGAAUUUAAUCAGCAGAGGAUUCAGUGAAAACACAGCCAAUAGAGUGCAGUGGAGGGAACAAAUAUCACUAUGCUCAUUUGACACAUACCCGGGGGCCAUAGAGGCGAGCUGAUGAGGAUGAGAAUGAUGAGUGAGCUCUUGCCAUAGUGCCUGAUGGUUUGGUAAUGAUGGAUGUCCCCAAUGGCCAGCCCAGUGUCUCCACCUUCACGGCCCCGGCCUCGGAGAGGAGCAGCAGUUCUGAGUCCCUAAGUGAGAAGGGUUCAUCAGAGCUGAAGAGUUUUGACGCUGUGGUCUUCGAUGUGCUGAAGGUCACGCCGGAGGAAUAUGCAGGUCAGAUCACUCUUAUGGAUGCUCCAGUGUUCAAAGCUAUCCAACCUGAGGAGCUCUCUAGUUGUGGCUGGAAUAAAAAGGAGAAGCACAGUUCAGCACCAAACGCUGUGGCCUUCACACGACGAUUCAACCAGGUGAGUUUCUGGGUGGUAAGGGAGAUUCUUCAUGCCCAGACGCUAAAGAUCAGAGCAGAAGUGUUAAGUCUCUACAUCCGAACAGCAAAGAAACUGUGUGACAUGAAUAAUCUACAUGCGGGGAUGGCGGUGGUGUCUGCAUUGCAAAGCGCACCAAUCUUCAGACUAACAAAGACUUGGGCUCUUUUGAAUCGGAAGGACAAGGCCACGUUUGAGAAAUUGGAUUAUCUGAUGUCUAAAGAAGACAACUAUAAACGCUUGAGAGAUUACAUCAGCAGCCAGAGCAUGACAUCCUGCAUCCCGUAUUUGGGUAUAUAUCUGUCCGAUCUGACCUAUAUUGAUUCAGCGUAUCCCUCCACUGGCAGCAUUCUGGAAAACGAACAGCGCUCUAAUCUCAUGAACAACAUUCUGAGAAUCAUCUCAGACCUACAGAGAUCCUGUGAAUAUGAUAUCCCAGUAUUGCCGCAUGUCCAGAAGUAUCUCAACUCUGUUCGCUACAUUGAGGAGUUACAAAAGUUUGUGGAGGACGACAAUUAUAAGUUGUCCCUAAAGAUUGAGCCACCAGCUACAAGCACACCUCGUACCACUGCCUCUAGAGAAGACCUCACAGGUCCGGACUCAUCCGUGUCUCCAUUGUGUGGUCAUCGUGGAAAUGUUGCUGAGGGUGCCCUGCCUAAAGUCCCUCCGACACCACCCUCACCGCGGAACCUCAUCACCUACGGACACAGGAAGUGCCACAGCCUCGGCUACAAUUUUAUUCACAAAACAAACACAGUGGAAUUUAAAAGUGCAACGUUUCCAAACGCCGGUUCCAGACACCUUCUGGACGACAGCGUGUUGGAAAGUCACACGCCCACACGAGGACAGGCAGAGAGCUCGACGCUGUCUAGCGGAAUUUCACUGGGAAGCAGUGAAGGGUCUGAGCUCAGUGAGGAAAUGUCUUGGCCUGCCUUUGAGAGGACUCGAUUCUACCACUCUCUGGGUCCAGUCAGCAGAGUGGGCCGCAUAUCAUGCAGAGGAGCGCUCAGGCCCAGCAGCUCUGCAGAGUCAGAGGAGUUGGCAGUGCAUCUAUACCCCGGAGCCAUCACAGUUCAGGGGGUCUUGCGCAGGAAAACUGUCCUCAAAGAGGGCAAGAAACCCACGGUGGCAGCGUGGACCAAGUAUUGGGUUGCUCUGUGUGGUACUCAGCUUUACUACUAUACUGCCAAGUCCCUCAAAGCCACAGAGAGGAAACAUUUUAAGUCCACCGCCAGCAAAAGUGUUUCAGUUGUGGGCUUAAUGGCCAUGAUGGCUGACGACCUGGAGCAUCCUGACGUCUUCCUGCUGACCGACUCUGAGCAUGGAAACUCAUAUAAGUUCCAGGCAGGGAACAGAAUAAAUGCUCUACUGUGGUUCAAACACUUGAGCGCGGCAUGUCAAAGCAACAGGCAACAGGUCCCAGCGAAUCUAAUGUCCUUCGAAUGAGUGUGACCAGGACGAUCAAAGACAUGGAGAGCUUAUGAAUGGCUGGAAGCAGUGAAAUAUGAGGGGGGAAAGAGGAGAAGCAGAAUAGAAGAGCAAAUGACUCUGUUUUUUUUUUGUGCAUUGGAGCUUUUCUACUGCCAUCACCCAGCCUGAGCGCUACUGCAAACUCCCCCAGCACCACUGCCUUAAGCAGAGUGUGUAUGUGAGUGAGAGGAGGGAUGCAAUGAUGUCGCCUCCACUUGUUAAACUGAAAGGACCUGAUUUCUCAUUCCAUUUAGCUUUGAUUUACACUUCCUCGAUCUUUCAUCAGAUUCCUAACAUCACCAAAGUGAAGUACUCUUAGAAGAUCAGUCCUGCUUCCAUGAGCACCUUGGUCUUGGACACUUCAUCCUCAAGGACUUCUGGAGUUUGUUUACCUUUCUUUUUACCUUGACGUUGCUUGCUUCUUUCUUUCUUUUUUAUUGAUUGAAAAUCUGAUCAGCACUCCCCUGUCUUUGAUAUAACACACCCAGGAUACUGUUCGAAAUCUCUGUCUCUGCAGAAGACGACCCUCACACGCAGACUCCGAUUGCCUUUUGACACACUUGACUUAGACUCGUGCAAGCAUGACACAAGAUGUUCCACAAUCAGGUUUAACUGUACAAGUGGAAGACCCUCACUUAUUUACAUCAGUGUGAUUCCAAAACGCAACCAGAAAGGGCUCCGAUACUCAAUGAAUUCCAGAUGAAAAGAAACCGUUUUCUUCAGCAGUUCUCCUGAAUGUGUCCUUCAGACUUUUCCUAUGAACUUCUUUGAUGUUUUAUGGAUUCUUUAACUUGUUUUAUCUCAUAUCGACACAUUAACAUACUUACAAACGAAACAAAAAGCAUUUCUUUUAGCCAAAUGGCACCUGCAGUUUUCAAAUGAGGGUGUGUGGGAAGAAGAGAUCGAGAAAGGAAUUGCUCAUUACAGCAGCAUCAAUAAGACGUUUGAAGCCUCUGCUGUGGUACCAUAAAAGAGUGUGAAAAGAUGCCAGUUGAGGAUUUUAACAACAUAAGUAAAACUUAUGUUCAAUGCAAUCCAUCUUCAAUGCAGCUGCAAUAAGCACACCGGUUCACACAAGUUUAAUCAAGCUCUUAAAGAAUCCUUCAUUCUUUUUUGGAGUCUAAGCACGAGUCUUAUGAGAUGUCGUCUACAAGGACACGCAUACGCAAACACACUUUUAUUAUCACUUGAAAGCUGUGAAUGUUAGUGGGUGCACCAGUCGGUAGGUUUACAUCUCUAAAAUUAUAUUUAGUCCUGUUCGGUUUAGUUUUUUCCAGUCCACCCGGUUGUUUUCCAUAUGUGUGAAUGGUGGGAGACCAGGUGGGAGAUUUAAGAGUGUGCAUCCAUAGGUCAUAUUUGUUUUUACAAUAUUAGUGUGGCACCCUUUAAAAUGUAUUAUUAUUAUUUUGUAUGUGUUGUUUCAUUUUGCUUUGUUUUAUUUUAUUUUUUCAGUAUUUACUGGGAUAGUUGCACAUGUCUAGAUUAUUUGAAUUGUCUGUUACAUUAACGUUACAUUUCAUUUCGUUUUUUUGUGUAAUGCCACACCUCGGCUUUGCUGUAGUGGAACCGGUCGCACAUUUUCUUUCUUGUUGAGCCAUUAAGGUUUUCAUUUGCUCUCUUGAGAGAUGAGCCGAUGGGAGAUUUUUGUUUGCUUUUGUCUCUUGCAGCCCAAAGUGUUUGUACUGUAUGUGUGUGUGUUUGCUCUUCCUACAUUAGUUUCAGUUUGGGAACAUGAGAAGAGUUCUGUUAAGUUUUGAACAAAUGAAUAGCAUUACUGUUCUGCUGAAGAAUGAAGCCGUUUAUUCCGUAGUGCCAGGAUGUCACAGGAUGUUCGAUUCAGAUGGGUUUUCAUGACUCCAAAUUCAGUUCUUCUGAAUUUCAUGGACCUGUUUAUUUUUCUAAGCUUUGCUUUGCUGUUUCCAGUUGUGUGGAAUGUCAUAUUGAGGUUCAAGGUCCCGUUUUUACAUGGAUGAUCACAAGAAACCUCUUGUGAUAAAAUGCUGAGCCGAACGGGUCUCAUUGUGAAACCGUGCCGUUCCGCUCCGGGCACGUUGACACAAUUAUGGUUUCUUUUACCAUUUGGUGCUGUGAAACCUGAAACCGUUCCGCCGGAUUAUGGAAAAGCGGCUUAUGUUUCACUGGCUUUAAUAAACAGAAUUAAAGGGAUAGUUUAAAUGUAACUAAUUUAUUCACCCUCAUGCCAUCCCAGAGGUGUUUGACUUUCUUCUGCCAAGCACAAACAAAGAUUUUUGAAUAAAAGCUCUGUAGGUCCAUACAAUGCAAGUGACUGGUGACAGAAACUUUGAAGAACCAAAAAGCAUGUAAAGGCAGCAUAAAAGUAAUGUAUAAGACUCCAGAGGUUUAAUCUAUUUCUUCAGAAGUUAUAUGAUAGGUGUGGGUGAUAAACAGAUCAAUAUUUAAGUCCUUUUUUACAAUAAAUCUUCAUUUUUUUUUUGGUGAUUCGCAUUAUUUUUGCAUAUCGCCCCCUAAUGGGCCGGGAGGAGAAUUUAUACCAACAAAAAAAAAAAGAAAAAGGGAUUUAAAUAGAGAUCUUUAUAUCACACACACCUAUCAUAUCACUAAAUAUAUAGAUUUAACCACUGCAAUAUUAUUAUUAUUACUUUUAUGCUGCCUUUAUGUGAUUUAUUUUAUUUUUUUCUUUCUAUUUAUUUUUUGAUUCUGGCCACCAUUCACUUGCCUUGUAUGGACCUACAGAGCUGAAAUAUUCUUCUAAAAACCUUUGUGUUCAGUGGAAGGAAAAGUCGAACACAUCUGGGAUUGCAUGAGGGUGAGUAAAUGAUGAGAUAAUUUUCAUUUUUGGGUGAACUAAUUCCCUUUCAACUUGGUAUUAAUAAACAGUCAUUUAAGUUUAUACUCCGGUUUUUCCUUUUGACCCUGAAUUAGUUUACUCUAAUCACAAUUUACCUGCAUAUCUGCUGUUUUUUUUAAUUUGCGGUGAUUUAGCAUUGGAUAUGUGUGCUUGUCAAAUUAGGGGACAGAGAGAUGAUUGGAUAGGUAGGUAGAGGAGUGAAAACUGAGUGACGAAUGUACUCUUAAAACAGAAACAUUUAUAACUGCACUUUCUAUAAAGUGUCUCUGAUCUGAAAGAGAAGAUUAAGGCAUGAUUGAGACAUUUGAGUUAGUAAUCUGUGCUAGGUUUUGUUUACAUGCAUUUGUAUUGUACUGAGCCUGAUAUUAGCACUUUGGGUUGUGAAAAAGAUCUGAAUUCUUACAGUAGCUCUGCCACAUAAAACAGAUUAAAACGAGAGUGAAUGUUUGCCAGGUGGAAAAAAAGCAAUGGAAGCGAAUCAGCAAAUUCAUGUUGUUUAAGUGUUUACAAGGUUUGAGGUAGUUCGAGGAAUUGUAUUAUUUUGGUUCCAACUGUGAAAUCCUGUGUGGCUGGUUCUCAAUAUUUAAGCUGUCAUGAUGGCACAGGCAGAGAUGUUUAGGAGAUCUUGGGUGGUUGGACCUACAUGGUUUGACCAGGGUGUAGAAAUCAGAAAUAUUAUGAAAUGUAAGAGAAGAGGAAUUGCGAGAGUGCCUGUAUGCUGGUAAACAUCUCACCAGAAACAUUACUGAUAUGAUUUAUGCAUCAUCACAAGUCUCCAAACUUUUCAUAAGGGACUUGCUAGACACUUUAAGAGCUCUGCUCCCUCUGUGGCGUUGUAUAGCUUUGUCUCUUUGAAACAUUUGGUGGAAUUGGACAAUGACUGACAUUGAAGAGAAGUUCAGGGUUGAAACUGUGUAUGGACGGUAAACCGAGACAGAAUAACAGCGUGAGACUUCAUACUGUGACUAAGCUGCCUUGGUUAUCUCAUACAUAUUCGGACCUUUAUCAUUUAUUUUUUUCCAGAUUGUUCUUGUUCCCCUUGUCCAUUCUUUCACACUACAUCUCUCUCAUGUUCACAUUGUUCGUUUGUGAACAAAAAAUAAAUUGUUUUAAUAAAAUUGUCCAAGACAUUUGUUUUAUCAAUUUUUUUCCUGUUUGGAAAAAAUGCCUUUGGAAGCUAAAGGUUUGGAAUUGGAAUUGGGACAGGAAAGGUAAAUGUUAUUUUUGUUGUUGCUGGUUUUCUUUUGUUUAUGUUUUUUUUCCUUUCCAGUUCCAUGUUGUCUUUGUGAAUCUCUCUUGCUCCGACUUACUUUGUACCAUGCAAUGUCACUAUCUUUAUAUGUACAAUGCAUAUGAUAUCAUACGCAUGCAGAAACAAACACCUGUAGUUUGACGAAUGGAUUUCUCAUCCAUCCACUGUGGGGGUUUUUCUUUGGCUCAUUGAACUCCACUGCAUCACUUGUUUUAUGUGGGUGUGGUUUACAGUGGACUAAUACAGAUUUGUAGUGUGUUGGUUAAGAAAUUAAUUUGCGUACCGUGCGUGCGUGUGUGUGUCUCACUCUGUGCCAUCCUGUUUCACCUGCUCCCAUCCACCUUGUAUCUUCCCUGUCUGACCCCACACCCACUGGGACCGAUGACCCAUGGUAGCACUAUGACCUUUGACCUUAGAGAUGUGCUCCUAGGUUCCGGACUAAUAAACACUUUUG